CAGGACUCCUUCACUGUAUUGAGUCCAGAUAUGGCACCACAGCGCAUGCUACUUGUGGAGAUGGGAAACACCACUGUGAGCAUCUCCCCUGAAGGGCAGGUGGAGGUUAACUGCCGUAUUAUGGAUGCACCAGUCUCUCACAAUGAGGUUACCAUUAGGAGAGAACCCAACAUUAUAGAGGUGUCCAAUCAGGAUGGAGCACUUGUGACAUGUGACUUCUCACAGGCUCUCUGCAGUUUGACUCUAGAUGGCUGGCAGCAUGGAAUUUCCGCUGGUCUCUUGGGGACCAAUGACAAUGAGGCAGGGAAUGAGCGGCCCCUGCCUGAUGGCUCCCAGGCAAACGGCUUGGCUCACUUCAUUCACAGCUGGCAGGUACGGCCUCAGUGUCGCAGUGAAUCUGGGAAGACAGGACUCUGUUCCAACACCUCCAGGCAUAACCUGACGACAGACGUGACCCGGUGUGUGUCCCUGUUCUCCAGUCCUGACUCCCCCCUCAGCCCCUGCUUUAGAGUGGUUGACCCUAUGCAGUUCCUGUCUGUGUGCAAAAGAAGACGUUGUGCCUCAAUCCCUGACAAAGUCCCCUGUAGGUUGGCAGUUGCCUUUGUCCACCUCUGCAACCGCAACUACGUUCCCCUGGAGCUUCCUCAGCAAUGUGGCCCAUACUAACAGCAUAUACCCCCUGACAAUUUAAGCAUUGUCCUCCAUAACUGUAAGGCUGUUUAUGUGACGUGGUGGUAUUGGGAGUCUUGGCGGACCCAUGCACAAGUAGAGACAGCCUGCAGUGUUAACAGGAAAAUCUUGUGGGUUACAUUACAUUACAUUAUUGGCAUUUGGCAGACGCUCUUAUCCAGAGCGACGUACAACAAAGUGCAUACCCAUAACCAGGGAUAAGUUCGCUGAAAGACCCUAGAGGGAAGUACAAUUUCAAUUGCUACCUGUACAACAAAGAUAAGGACGAGGGCCCUUUUUUUUACAUGCAAAAUCAGGUCCAAUAUGUUUCAUUUAAUUGCAUGGAAAACACAUUUUAAAAUCAUCAAGUGCUUGUGUGUCUGAAAUGAGCUAUUGUUCAAUUCAUUGCCAUAUAUCAGGGAGAGUUAUGGGAUGCAAUACAACACCCCUUUGAAUCUGCAAUGCUGAACUGUGUUUUGAAAACAUAAAUUUGACUGUAUGUCAGUAUCAUACUGGAAAACCCCAGAUAUUUUCACCAAAAAAGAGUACUACCUGCUCUUUGUGUUUUAAGUAUUUUUUAAUGAUUUAUACAUGAGGAAUUGUACGCUCAGUGACCACUUUAUUUAGGUAUGACCAAGUAAAUAUUUAAUAAGCCAAUAAUACACAACAGUCUCUAGUUUGCAGAAAAUGGUGCAAAAAACAAAAAACAUCCAGUGAGCAGCAGUUCUAGAGGCAGAGAGAGGUCUCAUUGCUGAGAGGUCAGAGGAGAAGGCAGGCGACAGUAAUGCAAAUAACCACACAUUACAACAGUGGUAUACACAAGAGCAUCUCUGAACACACAACAUGUAAAACCUCUAAGUGGAUAGGCUACAGCAGCAGAAGACUCCAAAAAAUAAGUCUAAUAAAUAACUAAUAGAGUGCUCACUGAGUGUAUAUUCUUGAGGCAUAUUAUAGUCAAUGAUAUAAAAUGUAGCCACAUUUCAAGAAUUGACAGUACAGCCUGUGUUGUAAUCACUACCGUAAUAGAACCCAUUGCUUCAUUCUGAAAUGCAAAUGUAUAAACAGUACAGUGCUUUAACUGUUUUGUAUAACACUUCAUGCAAUUGAUCUCUGACUUGCAUAUCUGCCUGUGGUCUCCUGAAAAUCUUUUGCCAUUCCUAAAUUUCAGAAUUGACUGGUAAAAAUGAUUGUGCAGCUAUGCUUCUGCUCCUCAUAUGAAUUUGUGUCACUGCUUACACAUCCUUUUGCUUGAAAAAAUGUUUGUGAUUUUGCUUGUUUGUGUUUUUUUUUAAUGAUUAAUUGAAACUCUGGCAUAAUAUUUAGAAAACUAACAAGAAUAUCGAAUUCAGUAUUGUACAGCAUAGGAAAUGGUACUGUGUGUGUUUUUAAUGUUUUUGUACUUUGACUCUUCAGGACCUGAACACACUGCAGUAUCAUUUGUCACACUGUGAACAAUAAACAGUUUACCAUAGUAAUAUGGGGUUGCACACACAGGGGAGGGUGUGCUGCUGUGAUUGUGAUUAUUUACAGGGUUCAGCUGUGCCAGCAGUCCUCACUGACUUUGGUGCUGCCAAUUAAAUGGGAAUGGUUCCUUCUGUCUGGAAUAAAUUAACUGCUUCAUUUUUUGUAACCGUGAGUAAAGUGUAUUUUCUAGCUAUUCCAUAGUGUCUACUGCUAUUGUUUGUGUCAGGUCAGUAUAAUACAUUUACAGUAAAUGAGCUAUCAGUAGAUGCUCGAUGUAAACAAACCCCAGUAGCUCUAGCCAUUUAUUUACUGUCAGUAUAAAAGUUCACUUCAAGCAUAUUUGUACUGAUGUUCUACUGGGUUGAUUGAUCAUUAUUAUUUUAAGGUUUGAUUAUGUUUUUCCUGCAUACAUUCACAAGAAUGUAGUACGCACUACAGCUAAAACACUUCUUUUUUUAAAAAGUUUUAUCUCCCAGUUUGGUAGCCAAUUGUACCCCAUCUGAUUCAAUUAGAGCCAGUAUUAGAUGUACCGCCCACACCCCGUCCCUCAGCGGCCCGAAGGAGAGUGACACGCCUUCUUCAAGCCGUCUCGUCUCAUGCUCGUGACCGUGAUUCCGAGGCACCCAAGGUGCUUUUAUUGUGCGGCGAUCUACUAACCCUGCCAAGUCCCUUUUUGGCAGGACCGGGAAUCAAACCCGCAACUGCAGUGAACUGAAACCGCAAGUCUGCUGCAUCUUAGCCUGUUGCGCCACCGCGGCCCUCUCAGCUAAAACAUUUGGAGCAGGUUUCAUGGACAGAAGUUC